AGUCGGUGCUCGGUUCCCGGUGCUCGGUACUCGGCCGGGCCGGCGGCAGGUCGGGGCCGGGCGGAGGCAGCGCCGCGGGCUGAGAGGCGAGCGGGCCGGACCGUCCCGUACCCUCAGGCCGCUCCCUUGCUCUGGCCGCUGCUUCCCUCCCUUCACCGUAGCCAGAAGCGCCGCUUUCCGUAAACAAGUGCCUGUGUUGGAUCAGCAGAGACUUCAGACGUGAAGGACUUGGGGUGAAAAUGGCUGCGGAGGAGAAGUGUAAGGGCAGGGCUUCCAAGCAGCAGAAGGAGGCUGAGCACGGCGGGGAGAGGGAGCCGGGUGUGCUCCUGGGCCGGCAGCUGCCUGAAGCCGGGAGGUUCGCGUACGCGGCGCUCUGCGGGAUAUCCCUGGCCUGGCUGUUCCCUGAAAACGAGCAAAGCUCCUUCAGGACAGAAUUCAUCAAGGGCUUUGUGAAGUGGCUGGACCUGCCUGAUGCUGUCUUACCUGCCAUGACAGCCUUUGCUGAUGGCUUAGGAGGUGAGGGCACAGAAACUUUCACUGAAAUUUUGCUGAAGGAUCCCAUCUUGAAAGAAAAUCCACUUCUCAUUACCCAGGACCUUUUAUCGUUCUCUCUUCAAGAUGGAUCCUACGAUGCUCGAGCCAGGGUGUUGAUCUGCCGUGUCAGCUGGCUGCUGAGAAUUCCCUUGGAGGAUCUGGAAGUCCUGGAGGAAUCUCUGCUUGAGAGCCUGAAGGAACAAAAAGAGGAAGAGUCAGAAACUGCAGAAGUCUCAAGAAAAAAGAAGGAAAGAAGGAAAAAGCUGAAGAGAUACCUUCUGAUUGGUCUGGCAACUGUUGGGGGUGGAACAGUGAUUGGUCUGACAGGAGGCCUGGCUGCCCCUCUGGUUGCUGCGGGAGCUGCCACGAUCAUCGGGAGUGCUGGAGCAGCUGCUUUAGGAUCCACUGCUGGGAUUGCUGUCAUGGCAUCCCUUUUUGGAGCAGCAGGAGCUGGUCUUACUGGAUACAAAAUGAAGAAACGUGUGGGAGCCAUAGAAGAGUUUGAAUUCCUCCCACUUACAGAAGGGAAGCAGCUUCACAUCACCAUAGCAAUCACUGGAUGGCUGUGCACUGGCAAAUAUGGGAGCUUCACAGCCCCGUGGAGCAGCAUGUUGCACUCGAGUGAGCAGUACUGCCUGGCCUGGGAAUCCAAGUACUUGAUGGAGCUUGGCAACGCCUUGGAUUCCCUGCUGAAUGGCUUUGUGAACAUGAUGGCUCAAGAAGCCCUAAAAUUCACUGUCUUGUCAGGGAUUGUGACAGCCUUGACUUGGCCAGCAUCACUCCUGACUGUUGCCAGUGUCAUUGACAACCCCUGGGGAGUGUGUCUGCAUCGCUCUGCUGAAGUGGGCAAACACCUUGCACGCAUCCUGCUCAGCAGACAGCAGGGCCAGAGACCUGUCACACUGAUUGGCUUCAGCCUGGGUGCCAGAGUCAUUUACUUCUGCCUGCAGGAAAUGGCUCAGGAAAAAGACUCGCAAGGGAUCAUUGAAGAUGUUGUCUUACUGGGAGCUCCAGUGGAAGGAGAAGCCAAGCACUGGAGAGCUCUCACCAGGGUGGUGUCAGGCAGGAUCAUAAAUGGCUUCUGCAGGGGGGACUGGCUGCUGAGCUUUGUUUACAGAACCUCCUCUGUGCAGCUCAACGUCGCAGGCCUCCAGCCAGUCGACCUGGAUGACAGGAGGAUGGUGAACAUGGAUCUUUCCUCCGUGGUAAACGGCCACCUGGACUACAUGAAGCAGAUGGACACGAUCCUAAAAGCCGUGGGCAUUAAAACCAAGGGAUGCCAGCUGGAAGGGAAGGGCAGUGGCAGUCUUUUUUCCCCUCAAGCUAAGAAAUCCCAGCGGGCAGCUGGCAGUGAGGCUCGGAUAGAGGAAAACACCAGGAAAGAGGAGGAUGAGGCUGGGAGUGAGGCUCUCCCAGCUGGCUGUGCUCACCGACAGAAUUCCUCCAGCUCUGCCCUGGGAGAGCCCUCGUCUCCCUGCCCAGACUGCUCACACAGCACAGAUAGCAAGGAGCAGGCAGUGGAGAAGGGAGCAAAUUAGGGCAGAGCUGCUCAGCCAGCACAAAAACCGCUGUCAGCACAUCCGUGGCACUGGGAUUCCCAGAGGAUGGAGCUGGCGGAGCUGCAGCUGCAGUUUCCAGCCCCUCCGGAGAAAAGUGCGGCACUGGCGUGCCACUGGAUCAAAGCGUCUGGAGCCUCCCACGGCACCGCCCCGAGGCGAGAGAGGGCUGAUUCCUGCCGGGAUAUGCUCUGCUCCUCAGGAAUCCAGGACAGAUCCCAUCCAAAUCCUUGCAGGCAGCAGCUGCACCCCUCGGCACGGUGUCCCUGCUGUGACUGGGGGAAGCAGGUGGCUCUGAGGAGAUUUUAAACAUUUCACAGAGAAGGGUUCAUUAUAGGAAAUUAAAAUCAUUUCUCCACUGGAGAUGAGUUUAGUUUGAGGAUCUCAGGUGUGUUCCAGGCUCUGCCUGCCUCACUCUGGACAGAUCUGGAUCUGCUCUCCAACUGUGCUGACCAGGAGGGGAAAGGCUCAGGCUGCCAGGCUUCCUUCCCUGCCUGCUGCAGGGUUGCUGUCAGGGCUCGGGCACUUUCCCAUCUCCAAGAGAGUUUCCCUGUCUCCAGGCUGAGAUUGGUGGGUGUUGGAGGCCCUGUUCCUGUUAGACACAUGUUUGGGACCCUGGGGGAAAGCAGUGGGAAAACCGAGGGGGUUUUGGAUGGUUUCUGAAAAUCCCAGGUUCUACAAGCCAGCAACCAACUGAGACUUUCCUUUUGUGUCCCACAGACAUCUCCAGCCUUAAAAGCUCCAUCCAGACAUAUUUUAAUUGGCUUAGAACAAAGCCAAUACUUGGCACGGGAUAAACAUGGAUCUGUUUGAUUUCUGUCUCCUUCCAUAAAAGUGAAUUGGCUCCACUCUCUUCAUCCCCAGUCUCAGAGCAGAGGGAAGAACCCGGCCCUACAUUCCCUGCCAGAGCAGCUCCAGAGCCUUGUGGGAAUGAUCCACAUCUUCCAUAAAAGCCCCUUUUCUGGCUAGUUUUGCUGCUGAGCCCAAGCAAGUGCAUCAGGGAGGAGUGUGGCAGGAGGAUAACCCCACUCUGGAGUUUUAUGCUUUGCCACAAGGGAGGGUUCAAACUCUUCCACCUCCAUCUGGGGAGUCCUGUUGACUCAUGAGAGGGAAAAUACUGGGAUUGCACCUUCCAGUUGUGCUUGACACAGGGUUCUCCCCCUCCUCCUCCCCACUGACCCAACAGCCAUGUUAAUCCCCCCUCCCAUUCCCAGCUGUCUGCAAACCUUACCUGCAGAUCAUUCCUCAUGGAGUCAGACACAGCUGGGUUUGGGGGUGAUGCUGUGACCCAGCAAAGCACUGUGGUUUGGAUGCAGUGCCUGGCAAUUCCUCUCCCUAAAUCCAGCAUCCCAGGGGGCUCAGACCUGCCCAGCUCUGACCUGGAAGGGUGCCUUGCUGUGGAGAUGGGAGGGACUGGCUGUGGGAUCCCCCAGGGAUGGGGCUGUUCAGCCAGCUGCUGUUGGUGCUGCAAGGUUGGGAUGGGAUUCCUCUGCUCAUCUGAGAGUUUGUCCACAAGCAAACACCUAAUUACACAGAACUGCCUGCAUGAGAGAGGAAGGAAUUAUUGCUUUUGAAUAUUUGGCUUGAAGAGGUGAAUCUCCCUCUCUCUUCGUCCAUCUCCCGAGGCUGAUUUGGUACCUAACAAACUUCCAGACUCCACAGUAUCUUUUUCUGCUCCUUUUUGACUUGGGUUGUAGUCCAAGCUUGUAUUUAUAUAAAACCAUUGUGGGAAGAUGUACAUCUUGAUCUGGAUGCUCAACACCAGCCCCAAGCUCCAUCUGUGGCAAAAUUGAACAGUUUGAGGUUUGAGCCUGUGCUCGGCCCUCAGUGUGUCCUGGUCACUCAUCCCUAGCUCCCACGGGAUUUGUGGCACAGAAAUGCUGGGUUGGUCAUACAAACUCCAGUUCAGUUCUGGAACAUCCAUGGGCAACAUGGAAAGAAAACUGAAAGUGGCCUGGCGUGUGGCUGCUUCUUCCAGCAUCCUGUAUCCAGGGAUGCUCUGUGUCCAUUUAGGUAUCAGGGAGUUCCAGGAGAACAGUCUUGGAAUUGGGCAGAAGGCUUGGAUGAAGGGUCCAGGGAGGGCACAGCAGCGAACUGCCAGCCCAAAGGCACUUGAGAAAGAAUUUACUAAAAUAAUUUCUUUUAUUGAUUUUUUGAAGUGCCCACUUGUCACAUGUACUCAGUGUUCCCUCUGCUUAUGGCUCUGGGAAGGGGGCUGGCAUUGUCAUUUAAAAUACAAUUUUCCUUUAGAUUCUUAUCUGAAGGGGGGAAAAAAGUGUAUUUUCUAACUGCAUCAUCGAGGAUGUGAUGGAUUGUUGGAGGGAAGUGAGAUGGCCCUGUGCCAGGAGUGGGAAGCUGUGGGAUGGAGCCUGUGGGAGGAGCUGAUCCCAUUACUACUGCAAGACAUGCAUGGAGCCACCGUGAGUCGCACCCCACACCCACUGAACAUUCAAAAAUCAGUGUUGGACAUUCUGCACCAAAUUCAGCCCCCGCAGUGCAGCUCUGUGUGACAAGGCACGGCAGUGCCGUGAGCUGGAGUGCACUGUGUGACAGGAACCUGAGAACGACACGACUCCAGGGAGGAGAUCCUGCCCCAGCUCCAGGAAGAUGUGAUGUUCUGUGGGCUGAAGCAAUCCCAAACCUCAGUGUUCCUGCUGAAGCAGCUCCAGACCUCUUGCCCAUGAGCCACAGGACGUUUUUCCACCACUCCCCCCAGUGCACUUGGAGGAGAUCUGCUGAGCUCUGUGUGUGCAAAGCCAAGCCUUGGCUUGAGGUUAGGGAGACACAAAGUCUGGAAUCCAAAGUUCAGACUCACCAGAGAUGGAAAGGCCAAUGGAAGGGUUAGGGAAUUGUGGUGGUGAGCACAGGAGAGAUGAAAGAGAGACAAAGCAGGUUAAUUCAGCAGCCACACCUGGCUUUGCACUGUUUGAUCCUCCUUGUGAUAGCGCCCGGGACCACCAUCCUCUCCACAAGUUGCAUCGCGUGCCGGAACAGGGAACCAGGAGAUGGCUUGUGGCAAAUCAGCUCCCAGAGGGUUUGUGCUGGGCCUGGGGGAUCCUUGCUAGCACACAGAGCUGUGUGUCCCCGUUCAGGCCACGGGGGUGCCCAGCUGCAGCUCUGUGUCCGGGGGCUCUGUGUCCCAGAGGCUGACGGAGCGGGCGCCGGGGCCCCGCGGCGCCGGGAGCAGCCGGGGCUCACUCCCCGGUGCCCCAGAGUCCAUGGAGUCGGUCUCAGCCUGCAGGGUGAGCACGUUCUUGAGGGAGGUGGCAGCGCGGGGCCCGCUUUUGGAAUUCCUCAUGGACAGGGAGAUGGCGCUGGGCCGGGGCUCUGCCAAGCGCCGGCAGCAGGGCAGGAAUUUGCCCAUGGCCCUCUUGAAGUCCCUCAUGAAGAGUGGGUAGAUGAUAGGGUUCAUGGUGCUGUUGCAGUAGCCCAGCCAGGUGAGCACAUCGAAGAAUCCGGCCGGGACACAGACACAAACUGCCUGGGGGGACACAGCAGGGAUCAGCAGCCUCCCACCUCAGCCCCAACCCAGAGGGGUUUCCCGGGCACGCCAACAUUCCCCUGUCAAAGGAAACCUUCAAAUCUCUUUUGAAGGGUCUUUUCCUUGCUGUUGCUCCCUGGGGAAUUGCAUCCUUGGUCCCAGAGGUCCAGCAAGACUUUCUGGUGCCUCCAGUAGAACCCAGCUGAAUUCCAAAGGGAAAACUUCUGGAAACCCGACAUCAAGCCCCCACAGGCUCUUACCUGAGCUACGUUGGUGACGAAGAAGGGCAGCCAGGCCACGAAGAACAUGCCCAGGAGGAUGCCCAGGGUCAGGCUGGCCUUCAGAGCCUUCUUGCUGUGCUUGUUGGUGAACCUCCUGCUCUCGCUGCCAGCCAGGGCCUGGCUUGGGGCAUGUGGGACCUGCAGCCAGACACAGGGAGUGGUGGGCAGCUCUCCCUGGUGCCAGGACUGGCCUCUUCUCAAGAAAAGUGGCAUUUGCUGCUCCAGAUCCUGCAAAAGCCCUGCCAGUAAUUCCCUUCUCUGAGGGGCAGGAGCUGGGCCCUGAAGCACAAAUUAGGAAGGGGAAGCAAUAGAAACCCUCAACACUGAGGGUAUGAUUUUAUUUACUGUAAAAUAGCAUGUUUGUCAUUAGGCUGCUCUUUAGAGAAAAACCCAGCUCAGUCCAUGUGAGGAUAAAGCCUGACCUAAACAGGCAGCUCCAGCUGCUGAUUACAGCAGCAAACUAAUUAUGGUUUUAAAAGGAGGACAUGAAACAUUUCAGCCUCCAAACACCAUAACCCAGCCCUCUGUCCCCUCCUGCAAUCUAAAAUUAAGUGAUUAUCUCAGCCCUCCUCUGUAAUUAAAUGAUGCCCUGUUGGAACUCAGCUUCUGGCCCAAAAAGAGUACAAAAAUCUCUAAAAUUAGAUGAAGAUGAAAAAGGUUAAAAGAUGAAUCUGAGGGUUCCUGGCUGACACCUUGUUCCUCAGCCAGUUUGGGUCUUCAGGGAGCCUUCUGGGCCUCAGCUGAAUGACAGGGGGAUGGAUGCUGCUCUUGUAUAGCACAGCAAAGCCGUGAACAUCCCCUGACUCUGUGGAGUCCAAAAACCUGGCAUCCUGCAAGAAAAUAAACACUUUAUGAUAUUGUGUG